AUGGGAUCCUUGGAGACAAUGGAAGAUGCAUCGGGCUUUGUUUUGACAUCAGAAGCUCUAAAUGAUGCUCUUUCAGACAUGGCAAUGGCCACAAGAGCUGUCCAUGCCGAUGAUUUUGUCAGCCCUCAUCGUGCAAUCGCUCCUGCGAUGCAUGUUGCGGUGAACUUUCGCUACGCAAGGGACGCAGACCAACUUGUCCCCGAAGAGAAUAAAGACCCAAACAAUCCUUACGACUCUCAUGUAUACUCUCGCUAUACUGCACCGAAUUCUAGCCGCUUCGAGAUAUUACUACGCAAUCUUAUGGGGGGCGAAGUGAUUACUUACUCUACUGGACUGUCAGCUUUUCACGCGAUUCUGGUCCUCAUCAACCCUCGACGUAUUUUUAUUGAAGGUGGGUAUCAUGGGUGUCAUGGCGUCCUUGACAUCAUUCAAAGAUUAACAGGCGUUCAAAAGUUGGAUCUAUCGCAACUUGAUCAAGCUGAGCCUGGAGAUAUUGUGCAUGUGGAGACGCCACUGAACCCUACAGGAGAAGCGCGAAAUCUUGCCUAUUUUCGUGCCAAAUCAUCUCAAAAGGGGGCUUAUUUGAUAGUGGACUCGACAUUUGCACCGCCCCCUCUGCAGAACCCCCUCGACUUUGGGGCUGAUAUUGUCAUGCACAGUGGAACUAAGUAUGUUGGUGGUCAUUCUGACAUGCUCUGUGGCCUCCUAGUUCUCCACCCAGACCGAGUUAAGGACGGUUGGCUCAAAAAGCUUCACAAGGACCGCCAAUAUAUUGGUAGUGUUAUGGGCAGCCUUGAAGGCUGGUUGGGUAUUCGUUCUGCUCGCACUCUGCAUCUUCGAGUGACAAAACAAGCCCAAACUGCACAAUGUCUUGCUGGAUGGAUACACAGUGAGCUAAAAGACAAAAAUAGUCUUGUUUCUCAAGGCUUGGAUUCUGUACAGCACGCGUCACUUCAACAUGUCGACUUAGAGCAUGGCUGGCUCAGAAAGCAGAUGCCUGGAGGAUUUGGGCCUGUAUUUUCCGUAUGGGCCAAAAGUUCAGACCUUGCACGCAGACUUCCAACCCGAAUGUUUGUGUUCCAACAUGCAACUAGCUUAGGUGGAGUGGAAAGUUUGAUGGAAUGGCGAGCAAUGAGCGAUGCAACGUGCGAUGAAAAACUUCUCAGAAUUAGCUGUGGUAUUGAGGAAUUUGAAGACCUGAAGGCCGAUUUAUUGCAAGGAUUGAAGUCACUCAUCAAGAGUCAGCCAUCGGCUUAG